UGGAGAGGAGAGAGCUAGAAGGAGCCACGGAGAGAACUUGAACCGAGGCUAUCUCAUCGUGAUUAUAGAGAAAUAUGUCAUAUUAAAUGCGUCUCAACUUGUGCAUGUUGGGUGCUUAUUUAUAGACACACUAUUCCGUACUGAAUUUCAUUUUAUUUUUCCUAGUUUCGCUUGGCGAAAAGAGAGAAAUAUGGAGGCGGAGAAUCGUCUUCCUCCUGGGUUCAGGUUCCAUCCAACAGAUGAAGAACUCAUCACAUAUUAUCUGACUCCGAAGGUGUCCGAGAAAAGCUUCACUUCGAAAGCCAUCGUCGACGUCGAUCUCAACAAGUGUGAGCCUUGGGACCUCCCUGGCAAAGCGUCCAUGGGAGAGAAAGAAUGGUACUUCUUCAGCUUGAGAGACAGGAAAUACCCAACUGGACUCCGGACCAACCGAGCGACAAGAGCAGGCUAUUGGAAAACUACCGGAAAGGACAAGGAGAUUUUCCGAGCUGGGCUUCUCGUCGGAAUGAAGAAAACCCUAGUGUUUUACAAAGGUCGAGCCCCAAGGGGUGAGAAAAGCAAUUGGGUCAUGCAUGAAUAUAGGCUACAAAGCGAGCACUUGUGUCUAUCCAUGGACGGAUGGGUGGUUUGUAGGGUUUUCCAGAAGAGCUUGGCAAUGAAGAAGCCGCAGACGGCAUCCUCACCGCCUUCUCCUGAUUCUCCCAUCGGCGAAGAUACAAUUGCAAACUAUUAUGGAGAACAGAUGGAGACAGACAACAGCAGUCCAAACAUCAUUAUCGCCACUUCAGGUGCAUUUAGCAAUCUUCCAUCAGGACUCGCUUGCAAUAGCGACACCAUCUUCAACAACAAUUUGAAUUGGCCAACGACAAGAGAACAGACAAGCUUGCCGCUGCCGCCACCAUGGCCUUCUGGCUUUCGAAGCUCGAACGCACCGUGGAAUUCUCUCAUCCUCAAAGCAUUGCAGUUAAGGACUUUCCAACCGAGAGAAGUUGCCGCCACCAUGCCCGACUACUCAUUACUAUCCCAUGGGACUUAUCCUUUUGGGCAUGAGCCGAGUAUGAAUCGUCGUGCUGAUAAUUCAUCGGAACCUUUCGAGCUUGGAACCAACCAAGAACAGCAGGCGCUACCAUUCAAUUGGACUACUCCAUACGAAGGCAAUUAAAACUGUAAAAGUUAACAUCAACAAGGCCUUAACUCUUACCCAUCUCUUGUAUAAUUUUAUGUGAAUGGAGUGCUAUAUGUUAGCACUAUGGUGAUGGAGGAGCUGUAACCGAGCACUCAGUCCCUCUCAUCACUACAGCAUUGUAACUUUUGGGAAAGUCAAAAGUCAAAACGAUUGACGAUUA